AUGUCACCUUCCGCCAUUGUUACCCACGAAAACAAUAACAAUCUUGAUAGUAUAGAAUCAUACUAUCCUAAAGAUGCUUAUAUUGAUCUUAAUGGCGUGAAUACUCCUAAAAAUAUAAUUGGAAAUGCUUUGAAGCAAAGGGUGGAAAAUAUUGAUAAUGAUGCCUGCGAAGCAGGCGACGAAGAUGCGUUCUUCGUAGCUGAUCUAGGCGAGGUUUACAGACAGCACAUGAGAUGGAAGAGAAACUUGCCUAGAGUCAAGCCUUUCUAUGCGGUCAAAUGUAACCCGGACCCACAAGUCAUUCGUCUCCUGGCAGAACUUGGCACAGGAUUCGAUUGUGCUUCCAAGGGCGAGAUAGAGCAAAUACUCAAGACGGGCAUCGAUCCUGCUCGUAUAAUUUAUGCCCAACCAUGCAAGACGAAUUCGUACGUCCGUUAUGCUGCGAAGCAAGGCGUCAAGCAAAUGACAUUCGACAACAGCGAUGAGUUGCACAAGAUCAAGAAACUAUUCCCGGGAGCUGAAUUGUUCCUUCGAAUCUCCACCGAUGACUCCUCGAGCUUGUGCCAAUUGAGCUUGAAGUUUGGAGCAACCAUGGAUACAACGAGCGAUCUUCUUGCUUUAGCCAGAGAACUUGACCUAAAUGUUGUCGGCGUCAGCUUCCACGUGGGGUCUGGUGCCUCGGACCCUCUUGCAUUCAGAGAGGCGGUUCAAGAUGCUCACACCGUCUUUGAGCAAGCUCGCACUUAUGGUUACUACAUGCACACUCUUGACGUUGGUGGAGGGUUCUGCAGUGAAACAUUUGAAAAGAUGGCGGCAGCUCUCAAUGAUGCCCUUGAGGAAUACAUGCCAAAGAACAUCAAAAUCAUUGGAGAGCCUGGACGUUACUACGUCGCAAACGCAUUUACACUUGCUUGCAAUGUCAUUGCACGUCGAACUGUUGAAGACCCCGUGUCAACGGAAAAGAGCUAUAUGCUUUACUUGAAUGAUGGUCUUUAUGGCAAUUUCUCCAGCAUCAUGUUUGACCAUCAAAACCCAAUCGCUCAAGUCCUUCGUACUGGGAAACGCUCUUACUUUGACACUCUCGCAAGUCAGGCAACCUUGGGAGGCACCGAGUACUCUAUUUGGGGCCCCACUUGCGACGGCAUCGAUCGUAUCUCGGCAAGCAUUCGUUUUGAUCACAAUCUUGACGUUGGAGACUGGCUCUACUUUGAGGGCAUGGGUGCAUACACCAAAUGCUCGGCAACGAGAUUCAAUGGCUUUACAGAUAGCCAUGAUGUUAUCCAUGUUUCCAGCGAGCCUGGAGUCAAUGCCUUGCUUGGAAUGUGA